GUCAUCUGCAAACUUCUGGAUGUGACAUAUACACACACCCUAACUUAACAGAACUUUGGGUGUUUGUAGUCUCCACUGACCCUGAUGGGCAGAUGCAGAUGCUUCAUCAGGGACAGAAACUCUGUGUUUGUGUGUCCUUAUCUGUCUUUUGUCUAAUAUUUAAAAUACCUGAGAACUUCAUCCUUCUCUGGAGGAGCUCAGUCAGACUGACAGCAGAUUGUAGCUGGUGCACAUCAUCUGCUGGAAGCACAUGCAGACAUGAAACUAUGUGAAUAGUGAAGUGACUUUGAGUUAAAUUGGUACUAAUGAAGCCACCUCUGCCUCAGAACGGAUCCACUUUUCCAUCUGCAGCUUUUGGAGAGACAAAGCUGUAAUUUCAGAGCCUGCAAAUACUUCACAGGAAAUGUUUGUGGUAAGCCAAGGAAACGUCAACCUCUGCAGAGUUCCUCUGAAGCUUUCAUGACACGUAAUUUCCAGCUUUCAGCCCUGCUGUUUGCUGGAGGUACUGCAGGUCACCUCUCUGAGUGCUCCCCCAUGUGACAGGUGAGUUUCCCCCUCAGGAGCGACACCUGUUUGCUGUUUCUCAGCUCGAGCAGAGCUUGGAGACGAGGCAAAAGCAGUCAUUUAUAAGAAAUCUGAGCCUCUGGUGAAAGAAGCCUCAGCUGCCGUUGAGUCCAGGACUGAGUGUUCUGGCCCGAGAGGGUGAAAAAGAGCUGCCAGGACCAAAAUAACGGAGCUCUCCCAGGUCUCUAACAGCAGCCAGAAGCUGCUUCUCUGUUUGGAGCCGUAAAACGUCCUGAGGAAUGGUCAUCUCAGCCUCCUGCUAGGCUGGAGUGUCUGAUGGCGGCACCAGGCCAGAGGCAGGAUACACCUGGAUUACCCAGCAUGCCUGGAGGAAGCUGGAGAAAACCCACUCAGAAACAGUAACUAGCCGGUUGUUUUCCAGGAGAAAGUGUGAAUGCUGAAUGAUUUUAGACGAAUUUGCUGAAACGCUGAAUAAAUGUAUUUGAAGAGCUGACUUGUGAUAAAAGUCCUACUUCAGACAAUGAUUUUUAUCAUUGUUAUUAUUUCCGUUUUCUGAAACUGCUGAAGGGAAAAUGCAAACUGAAAGUGCAGGAAUCCAUCUUUAAGCCUCCUUAUUUAUUAAACCCUCACAUGUAUCGACACAGUUUUCCCACCACAGGAACAACAAGGCAUCAAACUCACGAGACCCACGUUUGUUUCUUUGCAUUAAAACUCUGGAGAUUAGAGCAAGUUAAAGGCAGAAUCUGUAGGAUUUUCAAUAUAAAUUCAUGUAAAAAAUAACAAAUACCAUAAUUAGAAAGUUUAAAAACAUGUCAUUUGCCAUCAUUUCAUAUGUGAUAUUUUAUGAAAUUACAAAGUUAUUGGUUCUUUUUAAACUUUUUACGGUCCGUAAAAGUUGUAGUACCUUUUUUCCACCAGUAGAGUGAGUAUAAGACAAUUUAUAGCAGAGCAGCUCGAAUGUACAGCUCAGAAGCGAUUCCUACAUUAGUUGAGAGAAAGGGAAGAAGAGGUGGAGCUUCGCACAGUGGCAGUGUUUCGACUGAAUUGCCUCACCAAUCUUCACGUGAAUUUGUGAGAGCAGAGCUUCCAGAGAAGUUUAGAUAAAUUGACCUUGGCUUGUCUAUUUGAUAUAAAGCAUGGAUGAAACCACUUCAAAGCGACCAAUAUCACCGCCAGAGUUAGCUUCUGGUAAGAAGAAAAAAGUACGCUACGAGUCACAAAAGCUAUAUGACAAGAAGCGUGGGAAAACUAGAAUAAAUAUCGGCGUCGCCUUCACGCGCUGGAGACAGCUUCGUAACAACAAAGGACUGAAGUCUGACGCAGAGUUGGCAACAUUUCUUCUCGACCGAUUUGAAAAAGGUCCUCAAACAUCAACGCCAAUGAAGAGAGGUGUUUGGCACGCAGACACCAUAUCAAGCAUUGCAUCAAGUGAUACAGACGAGCAAGGAGACAAGGCAACAUCGGAACUUGCAAAAGCAGACACAACAAAGCCUCAUGGAUUGGCUGAACUUGAAUGGAGCCUAACUGAGAUGAGCAUUGAUGAUGAACAACAUGUUGAUGAAGGAGCCAUCAAUGAUCUGAGAAAUAGCGUAAUUGACUGGGCUGGUGACGCUCCCCUUGAAAGGCCUAUACAAACGGAGGAAAUGGACAUCGGAGAUGAAGAGGAUAUGCCCUCACUUUCUAUCAAAUUCGGAGGCGCUUUGAAUCAGGUUCCAUCCCUCGACAAACUUCCAGUAAUUGGUUUGGAUGAGACGGUGCAUGACUUGAUCCCAGAACUGGAUCCUGUUCCAGAGACGUGCACAUACAGUGACUCGGCAUGUGAUCUCAGGCUCCCCCAAGUAAAGACGGCAGAACAUAUUGUAGGAGCUAAAGCGUCCAUCAUUUAUGAGGAAUGCUUGAGGCACCUGGCUUCUUUUGUAACUUUGCCAGUUCAAAAGUGUGCCAAAUUGAAAGAGACGGGUGAAGUAUGUCAGCAGUGCCCACCAUACAGAGUCCACAUCAAAGAGAGAGGCACAGCAAGUGUUUUAGAAUGGAUCUGUGCUGAUGGACAUCUUGUGUGGCAAUGGGUUUCACAGCCUGUAAUGAAAUUUGGGAUGCAGGCUGGUGACUUCAUGCUUUCAACAAACAUCUUGUUGUCUGGAAACAAUUACAACAAAGUAGCACUACUCUUCAAGUUCAUGAACAUGGGAAUGGUUGGAAGAGGAACAUUCUUUUCCAUCCAAGACACAUACUGUGUCGACACAGUUAAAAGUUACUGGAUGCAGAAAAGGGCUGAAGCCAUAGCUAAACUGCAGAGAAAAGAUGUUGUGGUCCUUGCUGACGGGAGGAAUGACACUCCAGGACAUUGUGCACAAUACUGCAGUUACACUGCAAUGGAGAAUGAUACACGGGAGAUCAUCAGUGUUGUAACUGUAGAUAAGAGACAGACCGACAGAAGAUCAACUGUUAUGGAAAAGGAGGCCUUCAUUCGAACAGUUGAUCAGCUUAUGGCUGAGGUGAAGCUGGUGGAAAUCUGUACAGAUGCCCACUCACAGAUUAGUGCUGUCAUGGAUCCUGAAAAGGGGAGGUAUAAGGGACAUGGAAUAAAUCACAGUCUUGACAUGUGGCAUGGAGCUAAAAACCUGGCCAAAAAAAUCGCUGCAGCUGCCAAGAUAAAGGAACAGUCGGCUCUACUACUAUGGCUAAAGGACAUUGUAAAUCACUUUUGGUGGUGUUGCAAAAAAGCAGAAAACUUUGAAGAGUUCUUGAUACUGUGGGUUGGAAUAAUCCACCACGUAUGCAAUGAGCAUGAGUGGGCAACUGGCCAGUGUCAACAUGGUCUAAUAGAGGAAGCCCAAAAGGAGUGGAUAGAGAAUGAUUCAAAGGUUCAUGAGGCGCUUGUGGAUAUUGUUCUGAAGAAGCGGUGGCUGAAGGAUAUCCAUAAGUACUUGCGUUUUAGAUCUACAGCUGACUUGGAGAGUUUUCACAACCACGUCCUCAUGUAUGCAAGCAAGCGUUUUGCUUUCACUCCUCCAGUCUAUGAAGCCCGUGUUAUUCUGGCUGCCCUGGACUACAAUUUCCAUCUUGGUCGGCCAACAAGACAGAGAGCAGAUGGCUCCAACAUGUACACACGGAUUUUCAGAAAAAAUGCAAAACGUUAUAGCGUUUAUGCAUUGAAGACACCAAAAACAUAUGGCUACAUUCAAGCGCUGCAGACUGAGGUGGUGAAGUGUAGAUUGGAAGCAGAUAAAGGCAUGCCAAGAACACGGACACUGAGGCCAGAUGAUCCACGCAAGCUCGGUCGACUUCCACCUGUACCUCCCCCAUCCGUUGAAGAACUUGUACAAACACAAGUGAAAAGGGGUCUCGGUCCAGAAUUCAACACCAAUCCUCCUUCUGUAUAAGGAUGUUGUCAGACCUACGAUGACGACCAACACAGAGUAGAAAGCAGUCUGCAGAUGCAGAAUCUACACCAUAGCAGAUGCUGACGAGCUCCUGCUCCAUUCCUCCUCUCUGAUGAACAAGACUCGGAGUCCCACACUUGAUUCAGGACCUCAUCUGCCAACCCAGAGGAAGUAUUCCAGCCUUUUCCCUCCGAGGACCAUGCUCUCACGUGUGGAGAUGAUUCUCAUCCCAGCAACUCCACACUAGACUGAUCUGCUCCAGUGACAGCAGAAGGUCAUGGCCAAGGUCUCCAAAAAGCAAACAUCUGAUGCUUAGGUCACAAAAUCUGCCCCCUCAUCCCCAUUACUGCAUCUAAGAAUUAUUUCCAUAACUGUAAUGAACAAAAAAAGUGGAAAAUGUGUAUUCAGUCAGUGGUGUUUGCCACAGAUAAAACAUCGUCAAGAAGGAUUGAAUAUCUGUUGUGCAAUCAAACUUUCACAUCCUUUGUAUGGAUAUGUGGCUUUUUUUUGUAGAUAGGCUUUGGUCUAUGGGGUUUUUGUUGUGUAUAUACUGUGUAUUGCUGCUGUUGCAUCAGUUAUAUUUAUCUAUUUUUUGCAGUUAAAUUGUAAUAAACAUUUGUCUUGUU